CAGACCUCCCUAACUUGCGUAAUACGCUGGUCGCCACAGCCACAGCCACAGCCACAGCCACAGCCACCGCCACCGAUACUAGCUAUGACGAGCCCUGGUGAGUGGAUGGACUACUAUCAGGCUACCAUGGCCGAAGACAUCGACGCCGGUGGAUUCACGGAUGCCGUCAUCACAUCAACCACAAGCGUCGGCUCGGACAGCACGGUGUGUUUGGCCGGCCAACUGAGCCCCACGGGCAGCAGCAGCACGUCGAAGCCGGUACGCAAGCGGUCGAGGGCGUCGAGGAGGACUCCCACCACCAUGCUCAAUGCUAGCCCUACCAAUUUCCGGGCGCUGGUGCAGCAGUACACGGGAUGUCCCGCGGCGCCGCCGUUCCUGUCCGGAGGAGUGCAACUGCACAGAGGCCCCAUUAACUUGAGUUUUGGAGCGGAUCAGAGCCGCAGGAAUGAUGAUCGUCAUUAUAAUUUUUAUGAUCAGAGUGAUCGUCGUCAUCAAGAUCAGUACUACUGGCAGCAGCAGCAGCAGCAGCAGCGUCCGCAUGAGCAGCGGCAGCAGCAGCAGCUGAUCAUGAGUGGGUCUGCAUCGGCGGCUGGUUACAUGGACGUUUCGGAGAGGUUGGUGAUGCAGCCUGAGGAUGGUUUACAUGGGAAUGGAAGGAACAUCACAAGCUCUUCGUAUUCCGGCGACAGGUCAGAUGGGAAUGGCGGCGGCUACUUCUUCUGAUUUGAUCACGGAUAAAAGUAACUUGGAUGCAUAUGUUGACUACUGGUUGUAGAAAUUAAUGAAGUUCCGUCAUUUCUGUUGACCCUUCUCUCUCUUUCUCUCUCUCUAGAAAUUCCAAUGAGAUCCAAACCCGACUAAUAUAUUAAAGUUCGUGUUUGAAAACACAAAUUCUCGGUAUUGAUGGAUAAUAAUUAAAGCUCAGCAUAAUUUUAUAUAUA